AUGGAAAUUCCAGAAAUGAAAAUGAUAAGUGAUUUUGAAUGCCUGCAGAACCCAACUUUGAUUUCACGUUUCUUUUCACUUUCCGGCACUGAAAAGGCACCUCAAGUCUUCAGUUUUUGGAAAUGGGGUGCUGUGAUUUUUCUACUUUUUGCAACUCUUAGAAGCAUAAUCAAGAGAAUCAAACUCAUUUUUAUCCAUUUCUAUUCACUCAUUAAGCCUUCUCCACACCCUUCUACUGGCACUGAAGAUUUUGAGUUUAGUGAAGGCGAUGAUUGUUCCUCGAUUUCUUCGGAAGAAGAAGAGGAGGAAAAUAUUCAAACAACUUCGUUUUCAGAUCAACGGAAAAUUGGUGGAGAUUUUUGUGUAAAAGGGCGGCAAAAUGGUAAUUUGAGGCGGCGGAGCAGCGGCGGUGAAAGCUUUGCGUGGUCGGAAUUUGCUUGCGGGAAACAUGUUGUAAAGCUUUGGGAUAGUUUAGAUUUAGGUUUGAAUUUUGUUGAAGAUAAUGAUAAUAAUAACUCUAAAAGCGUAGUUUCUUUAUGGGAUUUUGAUCAUGAAGAGAAAAACGGCCAUUCUUUUGGCCGAAGUUGGAAUAUUCCGGCCUUUGUGAUGGCAUCUCCGGCGGUGGUUUUGGGUGCUUAUGACAAGAGAAUGCCAAGUGGGAUUCCGGCUAUAUAUGCUGAAUGGGGCCCAACGACCUCCACCGCGGCGGCGGCGGUCUCUGCUGGCGGAGUUGAAAAGGUUUAUGUCAGAAACGGCGUUACUGGGGCUUUAACUGUUGGUGACAUAAGGAAAUUGAAGACUCCUAUGGAGGAGAAUGUGACGGAACCUAGCGGCGAAACGUGGUGGGACGCUGACGCCGUUAUUGUGGAGGACGAGUUUGAGCUGGUUGGCGAGUCAAGCUGA